AGGAAAUAGACGCGUCCGCGACAAGAAAUUGCUCGAGAAACGCAGCAGGUCCGGCAGCUCCCGCGGGAAGAAAGCAGAGCCCAUCUUUCCAGUCGGGUGACUCAUCAGAACAGGUUCAAGCUGAAACGCAAGUUUACCGAACUCCUGGAAGCUCUGUCUUCUUUCCCGGAGUGGAUGAGGAGCAAAAGGACCAGGCUCAACACUUUCGAUGGAAAUUUUUCAAUGGGAAUGCAGAGGAUGGGAUCACUAAACCGGUGCUGCAGUUUAAAAGAGGGGAUACGCGACCUUCCGUAUUAAAAAUGUACAGCGGUCGUUUUAAUUUCUUCCGUAUUAAUGGAUCAUUGAUCCUUCAUCAUUUAAAUUUUUCAGAUGAAGGUCUUUAUACCCUUCAGAUCAAUCUGCAAAAUGCCACAGCUCAAGCUAUUUAUCUUCGGGUGCUAGGAUCAAGUCCAUCAGGACCCAGGCACAGGUUGGCCUGCAGCCCCACCAAUUUACUCAGUACCACUUCUCUGAAGGUUGUGAUCUUCCUCAGUCCCUUCCAUUUUCUGAGGUAUUGCUGUUUCUGGAAUGUUACUUGUAUGCUUAACAAUGAAGAUGAGCUACCACAACCCUCGAUAUUCAGCAACUCCAGCAGCCUCCAUUCCACCAUCAUGCUGAUCUGUGUUGUUUCCGGCCAGCCUCAGGAGUAUCAAUGGCAGAAAGAUGGAGGGAACAUCUCUGAAAAUCACUUGCUAGUAGAUGGGAACAGAUGCCUAAUCAUCCCGAAUGCUCAGAAGAAUACCUGUGGGGUGUAUACGUGCGUUGUAAUCAAUCCCGUCAGCUCUCGCCAGGCUGAUUACAUAGUAACUAUUUAUGGCAUUGCAUCAGAGCAAUACAUAAUUAUUGCUGCAGCCAUCGUAGGAUUGGUACUCUCUGCGGUCUCUCUUGUUAGAUUAAUGCUGCAGUGCUGUUUGAAUGAACAACUCAGUAAUCAAGCACAGCUGAAGUUUUUCCUGAUCUUAUUCGCUGGCAAUAAUAUUUCUCUUCUUGCCAUUCUCAUUGCCCUCAUUUCCUGGCUUUGUAUUCAAGGUGUUACGAUUGUGCCUCUAGCGACAUUACUGUUUGUUUCCAUCGUUCUGGUGUUUGCUGUGAUUGCCACGAUCAAUGUUUGGAAAAUGGACUGUCUGUGCAUGAAGACAUUCCUACACAACGCAGGUUUGCGAGGUUUACUUGAUGGAAGUCCCCCCCUGAUUUCUUUAACUGUGAUUGUCAUCUCAAUCACCAUCCUGGUGGAGGAGAUUGGUCAGAACAAUCAAGGUUGCAGUGUUACCUCAUUAACAUGGAGCAUGGUGGGCCCAAUAUUGGGCAUCGGUCUUCUCAUCUUUGCGGUUUAUAUCGCAAUGUGGUGCUACCCAAAUAAGGAGAUAAACAGAAAACCAACACCUAAUGAUGCACGGCAGGAUGAAUGUGUGGAACUACAAUCUCGAAAUUCCAGUGAGCAAGUUCGCUAAUUAAAACUCCCUUGAAA